CUUACCGAUCAGUUGUCAAACGGAAGUCCUGACUCAACAGAGUGAGUCUUAAGACUCCUAGUCUUCUGGCUCAAUCUCCAUACAAGUGUGAAUGAAAAAUAUGUUCUUGCCCCUCUUUUCAAUGUGGCAGGGGCAGGUCUUCUCUCACCACCUGGUGGCAGACUCACAGAAGCCUGGACAGGACACACACUUCCAAUUGGCCUCCUUAUCAGGAGGGGGGGCCAUAGCAACAGCGGAAACGCAGCUAAGAAUGCGUGGAAUGCCUAAUCCCCUUUCCUCAUACUUUCCGCAUACUAACUCCCUUGCUCUGGUCCUUGUUUGAGUAUUACUGCAGAUGUACUAUAUGCACAUUCCCCAUCUCUUUAGAUGAUGGAAGAGUGGCCUUGGCCCCUUCGUUUGAACAGUGUGAGAGUGACACAUCCCACCAGCUUCAUGUGGAAGUUUGAGCACCUCUGGUGAGCUGCAGUGAAUCUUCAAGUGAACAGAGGCCGACCUGAUCUGUAUGUGGUACAAAGGUAAUCACGACAGCUUUAUGCAAACCGUAAUGCAUGGUUACUAUUUAUAUGCAUUUAGCAGAUUCUGAUGUUUUAUGUUUUACAACAUAGAUACAUUGUUUUUUACAGUCAAUCAUCACCUCUUUUUUUCCAAAAAAGUACUUUUGUUAAGGGUAUACUGAGUAAGCAUAAGUGUUGCAUAUUUUUGAAUACAUACCUAUGGAAGUGUCGUGUGUCAGAUUUACUGGCUGGGAAACCAGCUUUUCCCCAGUUAACACCUCAUUUUUGUCUGUAUUCUGAGGUCAACAUAGUGUUCAUAAUCUCUUCCUCUCAUGUUAAGACGUUGCAUAGCAGGCAUUCAGCAAUAUCUCAUCCUGCAUUACUACAUAUUUUUGGUGUACUUUAGCUCUACUGAGUUUUUAUACCAUUGGCCAGUCUGCAGAGUCCAGUCUGUCUGUGAUGCAGUUUAGGGCGUGUUCAGCAUUGCUGUCCUAACACAAUGUCAUAGCUGAGUGAGUGUUCAGUGAUGGUGUCUGUUCUCUCACAUCCUAGACCUACAAAAGCUCCUGCUCCUGGUGCUAAUGUGCAGUGCUAUUUUAGGCUCUUAUCCCUGGUGAAUAAUAAUCACAGAUUGCUCCCCCUGCAGUCAAGGGGGAGGAAUAACCUUACACGCGAGGUCAUCGCCAUCAACUAGGGCUAGGCUGUUUGGCUUACUGAAGGUGUUCGUGAGCUGAUAUUGCCUUCUGAUCAAACAUAUUUGACCAUUUUGUUUUUGUGUGGGACCUGAGUGGACUCUGUCACGCGAAACAUGUAACGUGCAUAUUGCGUCACAGGCUACUUGAAAAGUACACAGAGAAUGCUGAUUGGCUGUGUUCAUGAAGCAGUGCAGACACCUGUCUCUCUGCCGGCCCCCCGCCCAACACUGCGACAGCGCGGACCGGCGCGGCUGGCCAGGAAGCACGCUGUCAUGGGGCAGAUCUUGCUUCUUCAACACAGGAUCACACGAAUCCACUGUGUCUGACACAGGGAGACGGGGAGAGACUGUCUAUAGGCUACAUAUUCUCAGUGACAUCUUAAGUCUCAUUUUAAAACUGAGUCGUAGGUUGUGCGAAGCUGGCGUCCUGGCUAUAGAAACACUCAUGCCGUCACGUCAGAAUAGUUGGCUAGUAGGCAUCCAUAUCCACGGUGAUCUGUAUAGUAGCCUACAUUAUUGCGUAUUUUCGAUAUUUAGCUGAACGCGGUGUUUAUUGCUGACAGGAAAUGCUGAAGUAUUCCGAUGAACCAUUAUUCUCACGGGGACAACGGUAGCUCCCCAAAACUAUGUUUUAGGCCCGUUUCUACUUGAACAGUUAUUGCUGUCAGGCUUUUGGAAGAUUAGUAAGUGUUUAAUAGAAAAACGCGUUCCUAGCGCUUCACUGAACUAAUGCUUAAAUUUCAGGAGGAAACAGCUGAGAAAAUGCUAUAUAUAAAACACUUGCAUAAAAAACGUGUCUUGUUAACAUAAUAUUACUGUUAUGUUGCUUGCUCUAGUUCUAAACUGUGUGCUCAAAAGAAAUAUAGAAUUCACUGAGGGAACAAUGCCUGUCCCUCCAACUAAAGUAGCAUACUUUUAUUUUUAACACCACAAAGUCUGGGGGAAUAAAACAGAACAAUUUGAAAUAAAUUCAAAUGUUUGCUUUUCGUUCAUAACACCACCUGUCUAUCCGACAAUGUUGCUAACUACUAAAUUACUUGAUCUUAUUUUGUGGAAGCCACAUCAAGCCUUAUAAUAGUACUAAUUUAUUAGAAGGGUUUUUGAGCGUUGGGUGUGAGGCGCGUGUGAGAGCAACGUCAGGGCGGGGGAAGUCCCCGCGUUUUGAACGGAUCUCUGGGCUCCGCGGAGUAGGCUACUGGCUCCAGCAUGAGCGUGAACUGAGCCCUGGGGUGUGAAGGAUCCCGUGUGCACGCGCCCGAGUGUACGAAUGCGUGUGAGGGUGUGGAGGAAAGUAAAGGGGGGAGGGAUGGCGGAUAAUUUAGCAAAACGAGCCGCACAGCACUUGCGCGGUUGUAAGCAUCAGGAGGAGCUGGCUGGUUGAUCUCCACUGGCUGGCCACCGCCUUCCAUCCCCUAUUCCCCCGCCCGCUGCCGCAAGACUCAUCUUUUUUAUCGCAGGAUACAUAAAGAAUUUGACAUCGACAGCUUCUCUGCCUUAGCAAUGCACCUUUCCACUGCGCUAACGUGUUAUUGUUAACCUUUAAAAAAAAUAACCUUCAAAUAUGAAUCAUGCAUCUGAUAUCUUUUCCAAAUCUACUCGCGAGCAUCCUUGUGUCCUGGCUCCAUCCACUCAGCUUAGCGUCAACGGUGGAGAAUAUCGCUGUGCGGGAUGCAGUGUCGGCGGAGGUGGGGCAGGACACGGCCGGGGCACGAGGCGGCGAUAACCAAACCGAGCGCGGCAGCGCCGGGCGGCGCCAGAUCACCUACCCGUCCCGCCUCAUCUACUACCUGAACGAGGCCUCGGAGAGCACCUACCACGACCUGGACACACGCACACGGAACCAGGCCGACGACAAGCGGGUGAUCCAUCUUGCUGAAGCCACUUUCCAACUAGAGGCCUUUGGCUCCAGAUUUGUACUGGACCUGAAGUUAAACAAUGACCUGCUCUCCUCAGACUAUGUGGAAAUCCAUUAUGAGCAGGGCAAGCCUGUCCUGUCCAAGGGCGGGGAGCACUGCUGCUACCACGGCAAGGUGAGGGGCAGCGAGGGCUCGUACGCCGCUCUAUCCACCUGCAACGGACUGCAUGGCAUGUUUGAUGAUGGAGUCUAUGUGUACCUAAUUGAGCCUCUGCAGCAGACUCACUCUAUAGGUUCAGCUGCUCGACCCCACAAACUGCGCCGGACGCAAACCCUACAGUGGGCCGACGACCCCGAAGAGCUGACGGACCAGGAGCAGGGCCUGUCAGAGCUGGCCGAUCUGUGGUGGCUCCGGCGAAGGAAAAAGCGAGCCAUGCCCCGCAAUGUUUUUGAAGAGAUGAAGUAUUUGGAGGUCAUGAUUGUCAUCGACCACCACAUGUACAAAAGACACAAGACAGGACAGCACACCAAGAACUUUGCCAAGGCUGUAGUUAACCUGGUGGACGCUAUAUUUAAGGACCAGCUGCACACGCGUGUGGUGCUGGUCGCCGUGGAGAUCUGGACAGAGAGGGAUCAGAUUUCUGUCAGCACCAAACCGCUGGAAAUGCUGCGGGAUUUCUCCAAGUACCGGCAGCAGAGCGUCAAGCAGCGCGCAGACACCGUGCACCUCUUCUCCAACGUGACGUUCCACUAUGGCCGCAGCAACGCAGCGUAUUUCGGGGGCGUGUGCUCUGCCAGCCGGGGAGUCGGGGUUCACGAGUACGCUGCCACCUGGAACAUGGGCGCCUCUCUCUCUCAGAGCCUGGCACAGAACUUGGGAAUCCAGUGGGAUCUGCCAGCAAAGAAAAAGGAAUGCGGUUGUCUGGACCCCUGGGUUGGCUGCAUUAUGGAAGAAACUGGAGUGCAGCACCCGCGCAGGUUCUCUAAGUGCAGCAUCUCUGACUACAAGGAGUUUCUGCUGAAGGGUGGAGGGUCGUGUCUCUUUAACAGGCCAAACAAGCUGUUCGAGGUGACCGAGUGCGGGAACGGCUACGUGGAGGUGGGGGAGGAGUGCGACUGCGGAGGCAGAGCGGAGUGCUAUAAGGAUUGCUGUAAGAAGUGCUCUCUCUCUAAUGGAGCUCACUGCAGCGAUGGUCCGUGCUGCAAUAACACCUGCCUGCUCUACCCGCGUGGAUACACCUGUCGCUACGCAGUGAACGACUGUGAUAUUUCAGAGACGUGCUCGGGCGACUCAGGCCAGUGUCCUCCCAACCUGCACAAGCAGGAUGGCUACUCCUGCCAGCUCAACCAGGGUCGCUGCUACAGCGGGGAGUGUAAGACCAGAGAGAACCAGUGCAAAUACAUCUGGGGCCCCAAGGCUGUGAGCUCGGAGAAGUUCUGCUACGAGAAACUGAACACGGAGGGGACGGACAAGGGGAACUGUGGGAAGGACGGAGAGAACUGGAUCAAGUGCUGCAAGCAUCCCUGUCUGUGCGGGUUUGUUCUGUGGUACUGCCGCAUGACACGGGCGGACACCUGAAUCGGCCCCCUUUGAGGUGACAUCACACCUACCUCCUUCAACCAUCAGGGCAGGCUGGUGGACUGCAGUGGUGGGCACGUGCUGCUGGACGACGAGACGGACCUGGGUUACGUAGAGGACGGGACUCCCUGCGGCCCCUCCAUGAUGUGCCUUGACCGCAAGUGUCUCCCCAUCCAGUCCCUAAACAUGAGCGCCUGCCCCAGCGGCUCCAACGGCCUGGUGUGCUCCGCCCACGGGGUGUGCAAUAACGAGGGCACGUGCACCUGUGACACCACCUGGGCGGGCACGGACUGCAGCAUGCCCGACCCCCCCAAAGAGGCGCCCCCCCAAGAGGACGACGGCCCAAAGGUGAGCAUGGCCGCUAACAGGCUGAUAGGGGCAGUAGCAGGGACCAUUCUGGCCCUGGGGGUGAUUUUUGGAGGCACGGGGUGGGGAAUAGAGAAUGUGAAGAAGCGGAGGUACGACCCCAACGCCAGCGCCAUCUAGUGGAGCGGAGGCCAGGAGCACAAGCUCCAGAGAGGAAUGGAGCCUCCUGGAUUUCAGUAGUAAUCCAUUGCUGGACUGCACUUAAUUUCUGCCGUUUUUUUGGCAUUAGUUUUACUAAUAAUAAUAAUAAUAAUAAUAAUAAUAAUGAAUACAUAAAUAAAUAAUAAUAAUAAUAAUAAUAACUAACAAAAAAUAUAGAGAAGACUUAAGAACCUUAACAGCUUCCAUCUUAGUCACUUAGAAAUGCAGCCCCUCUCUGCCCCCAAGCCUCCCCAACUCCCCAGCUGCUUCAAAGCCACCCCACCCUGUUCCAGAAUGCCCCAGCGAGCACAUUCUACGCCACUGCCCCCCUCCCUCCCCAACAAAAGGAAUGACUUCUUGUACAAAGCGCCGACUCUGGCAUGUGGAGCCCCCUGCUGACGGACCCUUGCAUGGCAGCAGAAAGCCGACAAAACAGCAGCAAAACUAAACAUGGAAUUAUCACAAAGAACUCUGGAGCAGAAAAGUGGAAGAUGAUUGGCCGAGGGUUACCCAGCGAUGCCUCUGUAACCCUGGUGCUCAUACCCCCCCGAAGCACUGUACGGGGGCGGAGCCAGACUGAGUACUUGGAUCGGCAGGAGCUGGGAAGAGACCCCCCAAGACAGUACAGUCAGGAGGCAAAAACAGAACUCUGUGAUUCACCAUUAAGCGUUUAUUUUUUUCCAUAAAUUUACCCUGAUUGCUUUUGUUAUAUAUUUUAACAUUAGCAUGUUGUAUAGCAGAUGUUCUUUGGCUAUGUUUAUGGAAAAACAAAUCAAGCAAAAUUUAAGCAAUUAAACAAUUGUUAUCUUGGCCAAAUAAUUACAGCUGACACUACCAUGCAACAUGCAGUAGUGUGCAGCAGUUUUACCCCACUGAGCUACCGAAAUGCCCCAUGCUGCAUCGGGAUUAGGUACGUCGGGAGGGGUGCACAGAGGUCCACAGAUCAGGCUUCUAUGUCAUGUCCAGGGGUCAGAGGUCAAUGCCAGACAAGAGGGUGGGGAAGGGAAAACGGGCCAGGAACAGCCUCUUGAGUUAUAUCAUGGGGGUGUCUGAAUGUAAUCCUAGCAAUGACACAAAGCCAAAGAAUUAACCAAUCAAAAUGUUUUGGGGUGUGGUCAAACAGCAGCCCCCUCCUGUAUGGCUGGCUUGCUUCAGACACACUGACUCCCCAGUCCCAAGGGGGCCAGCAAUGUCUCAAUUAGCAACACCCUCUAUACUGGCUUGGCCUUAUGUACUCAUUAACACCCCUAAAAAACAAGUUGGGUCCCUGUUGGCGCACUGCAUGUAAACAGUACACUGGGCUUAUUAAAUCGUACUAAAGGAGUCCCAAAAUCCACAAGAAUAUUCAACAAAAGAGUAGGUGCAUGUCAAACAAAUAAACCAUUUAAGUUUUAUUUACUAUGCAAAGAAAGGUAUUGCACAAGCUUAUGGGUUAAUAAAUGUAAACAAUAACGAUGGUAAUAUUAUUAAUACCGAUAAGGCAAUCUUUUAUAUGCUUGGCCACUCCCACCUCUUGUCUUUUUUAAUUUAACUAUUUAAAGAAAUGUAAAAAAAAAACAAUAAAAUAAAAUAAUGGAUUUGCCAAAUCCAAAGUGA